AGAAUUGGAACAGUUUUUUGAAAUCAUGUGCUUUAGAAGAAAAAAAACAAAAACGCUUAAUUAGCUUUGUAUCUUUUUAUUUGCAAAUCGCAAGUUAAAUAUAUUCAUAAAAAAAAACGAUUUUGAAUGUUUAUUUCAGAUUAUUUAUCAUUAAUAUUCAAGUAAAAAAUGGUAUGUUUUGUUUAAAUCCUUAGUAUCGAUAGUCUUUUUCGUACGGUUAAUUAAGUAGAUGUUUGUAUAUACUUGUAUUCAUUUUGCAACUAAUUAAACAGAUCUAUUAACUGAUUGAAUAACGAAAAGGUCUUACGUGGACUAUGAGAAUGAGUUCAUUCAUAACUACUGUCCAUUUCAAAAAAAAAGGCGGGUUAGUAUUUUCUGCGUUUUUUUUUAUAGGAACAAGAUAGAGAGCUGUGGUUUUCACUGUUGGAAAGAGGCUUGUUCGGUGCAUCGAUUCGUAUAAAACUGUUGAAAUUUAUCUCUUGAUCAAGUCCCCCUCAGCCUUUAUUUCUUAAGAUUUCCCUGUGGUCCCCUACAGGUCAAAUUUCGAUGAAAAAUAUUUUAGAAUAAAAAGUAGUGUUUUUGGUGUAGUUUUUCACGCUGAUUUCGAAUAUGAUGUUUAUUUUGCAUAAAAAAUAACUUAAGACGAUCAAAACCUCAAAAUACUACCAUUUUAAGUAUUUUUCGAUAUUUUCUAUGGAGAAAAGUAGUAUAUAUCUUUCAGGAAAAUGCUGAUAAUUUUUGAACCAUAAAAGAUAGAAACCUGCGGUUUGCGCAGAUUUGUAGAUCUUCACCUGGCGGUUCUAACCCACCCAUCAAUCAUCCAAGUUCACUCUACCUUCAUAGAACAAUAUCCUACUCUUUCAAAACGACCACGGAUCACUACUUAAUCAAGAGAUAAAUUUCAACAGUUUUAUACGAAUCGAUGCACCGAACAAGCCUCUUUCCAACAGUGAAAACCGCAGCUCUCUAUCUUGUUUCUAUAAAAAAAAAUGCAGAAAAUACUGACCCGCCUUUUUUUUUGAAAUGGACAGUAGUUUGUUUAUCUUCUUUAAGAAUCUAUCAUCUUGAGGGUAUGUGUGAGUGUCUCUUCCUUCAUCAAACAUCUGCACCAACACCCAUAUCCGGUGAUAAUACAAUUUAAUUGCUUGAGUAUGUUCCUUAAAUAUAGACAGCUUAACAUAAGAUUUCGAAUUAUGUUUUAUCGAGUUUAAAUAACAAGUAACGCUCGUUUGAGAACUCGCUUAGCUCUUAUGUUAGAAAUGCAUUUUCUUCAUAUUUACUGGAAAAACAAAUGAAAAUCGUGAAAAUUUGAUUUUCGAUGUUUUUUUGAGCCUGCGGACACACUAACAGACAAUUUAUGUUUACUGGACUCUUCUCUACGAGGAAGAGAAUAUUGUCAGCAGAAAUGAAUUCAUGAUAAAUUUUAGGGAUAUUGUCACCGAGAUUUUCUUUCUAUUAAUCUCACAGCGUUAUCGUCGAUAGAUGGAUAACUCACCAAUAAAGCAUUAAAUUUGUACUAUAUUUUCUUCAAUAGUUAGAUCAAAUGUAUGUAAUGUGACAGUCGCUGAUACUGACAUUUUAUUAUUACAGAUUUCGCUAUACUUCAUAUAAUGCUAAGAUUGUAUCUGAUGACAAAAAAUUAUGACGAAAUUUAUUAAUAUUUUCAGUUUCGAUAUCUAAUCAGAACAUAAUUGAUUUUAAUUUAGAUACAAUUUAUUCUUCUCUUCAGCCGACAAGGUAAACUCCGUCUUCAAAAAUGGUAUACAUCACAAACAGAUAAAUCAAAGAAGAAAAUAACGCGUGAAAUUAUUGCAGCUGUACUUUCACGCAAACCAAAAAUGUCUAGUUUUCUCGAAUGGAAAGAUCUUAAAGUAGUUUAUAAACGUUAUGCUAGUUUGUAUUUUUGUUGUGCAAUUGAACAAGAUGAUAAUGAAUUAUUAACACUUGAAACAAUUCAUCGUUAUGUUGAAUUACUUGAUAAAUAUUUUGGAAGUGUUUGUGAACUUGAUAUAAUAUUUAAUUUUGAAAAAGCCUAUUUUAUCUUCGAUGAAUUUAUUCUGGGUGGUGAAGUACAAGAAACAAGUAAAAAAAGUGUUUUAAAGGCUGUUAAUGAUCAAGAUGUUAUUCAAGAGGAAGAAUUAGAAGAAAAACGAAGUGUAUUAGAAGAUCUUGGUUUGGCUUAA